AUGAUGCGUAAAACUUGUCAACCGAAAAAUAACGUGUCAGAUGAAAAAAUUGAUCCACUAAUCAAAGGCGAAUUUAUUGAAGACAGAGAUGUUAUGUGCUAUACAGCCUGCAUUAUGAAAAUGGCUAAUGCGAUUAAAAAUAACAAGAUCAAUUAUGAAGCAGCAAUCAAACAAGCAGAUUUACUUUUGCCAGAUGAGAUAAAAGAGCCUGCUAAAGAAGCGUUAACUGCGUGCAAGAAAAUCGCGGACACCUACAAAGAUAUAUGUGAAGCAUCGUUCUAUAUAACGAAAUGUAUUUAUAAUCAUAAUCCUGCAAUAUUUUACUUCCCU